ACUGACAGGCCACACAGUCCCAAGGAUCUUCCUGUCUCCAUCUCCCCCACGCUGGGAUUAGAAGCGUUUCCCCACGGGUUCUGGACAUGAGCUCAAGUUCUCAAGCAUUUUACCAACUGAACCAUCCCCAUCCCUAGGAGCCCUUGUUCUGCACUCAAAACUCAAAUUUCUCAGCUCCUAGCCCACACUGGAUCCGAACCUGUGUGCACAGCAUGGUCCCCGAAGGAGCUGAGAUGGCAAGCACCCAAAUCAAGAGAAGCGCGUGCGUAGUGGGAAAAGAGGCAAAGGGCUGUGAGAGUGACUCUCAGGACAGUUGUCAGUAUGCAGGCCAAGAGGUAAAAUCUGGCGCCCUGAGGCUAGGGACCUUUGGCUACACUUGGCCUCCAGCCUAAGAAAACUGCCUCGCUCCUCCCCGCAGUUCUGUCCUUCUAUUGGUCGAUGCGUCUGUCUGUCAUUCCACCUCGACCAAUGGGAUAGGUGAGGCAUCGGAAGCCAGAACCGGAAGUGAGGCGGGGGCCGCUCCGGUGGUGUCUCUCGUUAGCAGCUGUUGCGGGUUGUCAUGAGAGGCUUCGGGCCAGGCCUGAGGGCUCGGCACCUGCUCCCACUUCGGUACCCGCCGCGGCCGCCGGGGCCUCGGGCGUCUAGGCCGUGCAGCGGGCUCACGGCCGGCGCCAUGGACGAGCUGCUGCGGCGAGCCGUGCCUCCCACGCCGGUCUAUGAGCUGCGCGAGAAGACGCCGGCGCUCGCCGAGGCGCAGUGCGUCGACUUCGUGAGCUUCUACGGCGGCCUGGCCGAGGCGGCCCAGCGUGCCGAGCUGCUCGGCCGCCUGGCGCAGGGCUUCGGAGUGGACCACGGCCAGGUGGCCGAGCAGAGCGCCGGGGUGCUGCAGCUGCACCAGCAGUCGCGCGAGGUGGCCGUGCUGCUGCAGGCCGAGGACCGGCUGCGCUACGCGCUCGUGCCGCGCUACCGCGGGCUCUUCCAUCACAUCAGCAAGCUGGACGGCGGCGUGCGCUUCCUGGUGCAGCUGCGGGCCGAUCUGCUGGAGGCGCAGUCCCUCAAGCUGGUGGAGGGGCCGCACGUCCGGGAAAUGAAUGGCGUGCUAAAAAACAUGCUGUCGGAGUGGUUCUCCUCUGGCUUCCUGAACCUGGAGCGGGUCACCUGGCACUCACCCUGUGAGAUACUUCAGAAGAUCAGCGAGUGUGAGGCUGUGCACCCUGUGAAAAACUGGAUGGACAUGAAGCGGCGUGUGGGGCCAUACCGGAGAUGUUACUUCUUCUCCCACUGCUCUACCCCCGGGGAGCCCCUGGUUGUUCUGCAUGUGGCUCUGACCAGGGACAUUUCCAACAACAUCCAGGGGAUUGUGAAGGAGUGCCCUCCAUCUGAAACAGAGGAGAGGAACAGGAUUGCUUCUGCCAUCUUCUACUCCAUCAGUCUGACCCAGCAGGGCCUGCAGGGCGUGGAGCUCGGGACCUUCCUCAUAAAGCGAGUGGUCAAGGAGCUGCAGAAGGAGUUUCCUCACCUGGAGGCCUUCUCAAGCCUGUCACCUAUACCUGGAUUCACCAAGUGGCUUCUAGGCCUUCUGAACAUGCAGGGAAAGGAGCAUGGGAGGAACGAGCUAUUCACAGACUCAGAGUGCAAGGAAAUCUCAGAGGUUACAGGUGACCCAGUUCACGAGAGCCUCAAGGGCUUCCUGAGCAGUGGUGAGUGGGUGAAGUCGGAGAAGCUGGUGCAGGCGCUGCAAGGGCCACUGAUGAGGCUGUGUGCUUGGUACCUGUACGGUGAGAAGCACCGAGGCUAUGCCCUCAACCCAGUGGCCAACUUUCAUUUGCAGAAUGGGGCCGUGAUAUGGCGCAUCAACUGGAUGGCUGACAGCAGCCUGAAAGGCCUCACCAGCUCUUGUGGCCUCAUGGUCAACUACCGCUACUACCUGGAGGAGACAGUUCCCAACAGCAUCACCUACCUAGGCUCCAAGAACAUCAAAGCUUCUGAGCAGGUCCUCAGCCUGGUGGCCCAGUUCCAGAAGAACAGCAAACUCUAGGGACAGCCUUCGCAAAGCCCAGGCCCCUGCUCAGAAAGGGGCUGUGCUCUGACGCACCAGGUUACUCACCCCAGGGGCCUUUUCAGGGAAGCCACAGCUGUGCUGUGUCCCCUGUCCUCAACAGGCACUUAGGAGGCCACGCCUAAGCUGUCACUGUGCUGGUCGACUCACUGCUUGGAGGAGGAGGUGGUGUGGCUACGCGUGCCCUGGGGAUAGCACUGUGAUCUUCCAGAAGCCCUGCUGCUGCCCUGUAACCUGUGCCUUCAGGAGGCUCCACGGCCUCAACCAUAGGCCGCCCAGGCGGAGCCCAAAGCGCGGACCCCUUGGAGCUCGCCAGGCUGGCAGGCACGUCCUCUGUAUGUAGCGAGGUGGUAAGGUCGGUGCUGUGCCUGCUGCCACAGCUUGAAGUGCAGACUAGGGAGGGUUUGUGACGUGCACAGGGCGUAGUCGACACUGCGUGGAUGUUGCUGCUUGAGGCCAGAGUUGGCUUAUAAGGCUUACAUGAGAUUCCAGUUCAUAAUGAACUGAAGAGUAAAGAACAGGUUGUUCUGUAAACAUUAAACAUGAUCAUUCACUGUA